AUGGAUGACACUCACAAAUUGGGUUUCCUUGGUGCUACAUCGUACGUAAUCGGCAACAUCAUCGGAUCGGGUAUAUUCAUUACACCUGCUUCAAUUCUCAGGUGCACCGACAGUGUUGGUCUGUCUUUAGUUGUAUGGGUAGCUUGUGCUAUUAUAGCAAUUUUGGGUGCUUUGGUGUACAUCGAAUUGGGCACCUCGAUACGAGAGGCCGGCUGCGAUUUUGCUUACAUUUGCUAUGUGAAAUGGUAUUCCAUUGCAUUUGCGUUCAUGUUCGUUUCGGUGCUGAUGACGUACCCGGCUACGAUAGCAAUUAUAGCGGAGACGUUUGGCCAGUACCUUAUUGAGGGAUUGAAGCAAGUAUACGAAAUUGACGACGAAUGGGCUCCGUUAGCACAGAAACUCUUUGGAUUUAGCUUAUUGAUGCUCGUCACAUGGAUGAAUUUCUUCAGCCUAAACAAAUUUGCGGCAAGAUUUCAAAUAAUCGCAACGGCGGCGAAACUUAUUUCUUGUUUCCUGAUCAUCGCUACUGGUCUUUACUACUACUACGUGAAAGGAUGGAGGUACAAUCUACGCGAUCCAAUGAAGGGAUCGAACUACAAGAUUGGCGACUUGAUUCUAGGCUUUUACGGUGGUCUAUGGGCGUAUUCCGGUUGGGAUGUGCUCAACUACAGUACAGGAGAGAUAGCAAAGCCAAGAAGAAAUGUACCGCUAGCACUGCUUUCUGGAAUCCUUGUCGUGACCGCCGUCUACGUUUCCAUCAACGUAGCCUACUUCGUGGCGCUCGAUGUGGAGACGGUAAAAUCGUCGAAUGCCGUAGCUGCUUUAUUCAGUCAAGCAACGAUGGGUUCGUUCGCCAAUCUGAUUCCUUUUCUCAUCGGCGUACUUCUUAUUGGGUCACUGAACAGCAAUCUCUUUUCCGGUAGCAGGUACAUGUUCGCAGCCUCUCGUCAAGGACAUCUUCCGGCAUGUUUCAGUUGUGUGAACGCUGACACCGAGUCCCCACGAGUUGCAAUUCUCGCUCAGUCCAUGUUGGCGAUGGCAAUUUCUUUCGUCGGUGAUCUGGACGCGUUGAUCGGUUACGUGAUGUUCGGAUUCUGGGCGCAACGAAUCUUCACGCUAGUGGCUCUGCUGAUUAUUCGACACAAUCGGAUACCUGUGCAUCCAGAAGCCGUACGAGUUCCGCUUUGGUGUAUCUACGCUUUUCUGGCGAUCACCAUCGCGCUGGUCGUGAUACCAAUUUUCCAAGAGUUCUCUGUGACCGCCCUGGCCGUUGGGAUUUGUCUUGUUGGCUUUCUGAUGUAUUUUGUGUUUGUGUACCCCAAAAGGCUCCCGCUAUGGAUGUACGCACUCAAUGAGUGGACGACUUUGGUAUGCAGCGUGAUUUUCGACUGUCUUCCUGACCUAAAACCAGGCGUAAGCGCCACGUUCCUGACCACGUCCGACUCAUCGCAAGCGUUGAUACCGAAGAGACCGUCAUCGUCGCGGUUGUCAGAAGAGGAUUCGCUGCCGGAUCUCCAUUCUGAUGAGAAGAACGUGCUACGUCGGAACGGUAGCUCUACAGGCUUCAAACUUUUCGUACCCACAUCACUGGUAGAUCUGAUGGGGGACGUGCAGUGA